GCACGGAAUGCGGUCAAUUGCACGCGGCAGUGCUCUGUACACGGCCUCAGUAGCCUUUCCACCCGAGCGCAACCGACAUCGCGGCCUCGCAAGCCGAUUACAGCCGUCCACACCCGUCGCCCCCGUUACGAACGUCGCCUGCGUCACCACCAGCCGAGACGCCAAGGACGCCAGACGAAGAACGGACGAGCACCACAGGAUCGUUGCUUUGCAGAAAGCGCGGCGGAGGCACCGCCAGCAGCACCAGCAGCAGACCAGAGCAGUGGGCGCUGCGUCGGAAGGGCCAUCGAAUCGUCGCCAAUUUCUGCGGGGACCCGUCUGCCCUGCUCAAAUGAGCUGCGAACUCGACCCCCAUUGCGUAACCACGAGACCCAAUGGGAGACGCGUCCACUAGACAAUGACGGCAACGAAAGCCAUGGAGAGCGCAGCCGGGAGCGAGGGCAAUGCCACCAAGUCCGAGGGCGAGGCCAAGGCCCAAGAUCAGCGUGCGGCAGCUGCCGAUGAGGUCCACAGGACCCCGAAGAAGCGGCGCAAGGUGAACCAUGCCUGUCUCUACUGCCGUCGAUCUCACAUGACGUGCGAUCUCGCGAGGCCGUGUACCAGAUGCAUUAAACGCAACAUUGGGCACUUGUGCCAUGACGAGCCUCGUGAAAACGAAACGAGGAAAUCCAAGAGCGGUCCAUCGAAUGCGCAGGAGACCCAAUCGCAGCCGGACGUGGGACCCAGCUCCGCCAGACAAGAUGCCGGUGCCAUGAGACCUCCAUCGUUCGUCACGGCCAUGGGCAAAGGCCCGGCACAGGCGGAGAAGGCUGCACUCGAUACCGCCCCGCUAGCGGGCCGGAGUAGUAACUCUCUCCCGCUCGUGCAACCCACGCCGGUGUCCGGCAUAGCGGCCAACAGCCUGGAGGCCGCUAUGAGCGAAUUUACCGGUUUCUCCGACGCUUGGCUGGCUUCCCGGAACCACUACCACGACAUGCAUCACUUGCAUAACUUCAACCCCAGCUAUGGCAUCGCGCCCGAGGUGACGAAUGAGUUUACUCUCCUAAACGACUUUUUGCAGACAAGCCUGCUCGAUGACAGCGCGCUUCUGGCCGAUGACUCGAAGCAGGCCGAGCCUGCCUCGGGGUUCCCCCCCAACAACGCCAUGCUUCCUCCAAGUGCCACGCCGGGGGGCUCCAUGCCCGUCGCAAACGCCGAGCAAGGAAAGUCCAUUUCAAGGCCCGCGAGUACUCUGCCUGCCGACAAGACGCGCGCAUACUACCUCCAAGCAGCAGACCCGACCGGGAAUGCCACGCCGGAGGAGCGCAUGCGCCAGGUCCUCCAAGCUAAAUACGAGGCCGGGCUGCUGAAGCCCUUCAACUACGUCAAGGGAUACACCCGUCUCCAGAGCUACCUCGACACUCACGUCGCCCCGUCAUCGAAGCAGAAGAUCCUAAGACAGCUCGACCGCUUCAGACCCAAGUUUCGCGAGAAGAUGAAGGACCUAACCGACGUGGACCUGGUUUUGGUCGAGAUGUGGUUCGAGCGGACGCUGAUGGACUACGACCGUGUCUUUGCGAGUAUGGCGGUCCCGGCGUGCUGUUGGCGGCGGACGGGAGAGAUCUUUAGAGGAAAUAAGGAAAUGGCCGAGCUCAUAAAGGUGCCGGUCGAGGACUUGCGAGGGGGCAAGAUUGCAUUACACCAGAUUCUCACCGAGGAGUCGAACGUGCGGUACUGGGAAGAGUUCGGGACCAUCGCCUUUGACCCCGCGCACGACACGCUCCUUACCGCGUGCUCGCUCAAGAGUCCGAUUGACGGGGUAAACCACGUCGUCAACUGUUGUUUCUCCUUCAGGAUCCGCAGAGACGACCACAAAAUACCUGGCUCUCAGGCAACCAGCAAGUCAGCUAAGCAUAUCGAAGCAGCCGUCGGUGCUGCUCAUCCCGUUCGGAAGAUAUCCCCGAUGAACCUUGUGCUUUCCCCUUUCCCCCUUUUAGCCAUGACCACCACCAGCUCCGCAACCCCGACACCAUGGCAGAAUGCCACAACAACAUCAUCCACAAUAACAACUGACAAACUCCCCACACAAGAAUUCGCCACAAACCUCAAAACCCUCCUCUCGGCCCCGGACCCCUCCGACACGCCCCUCACCGACGACCUGGUCGCCGACAUCGCCCGCCACGUCGCCCGCCUGCACGCCUGCCAGCAGACGUACGUGCCGGGCCUGAGCGGCGACCCGGAGAUCGACGAGCUCGCGACGGCGCUGUGGAACGUGUGCACGCGCCUGGGGCGGGCUCACAAAGAAAAAGCAGAGAGGGAGCGAGAAAAAACAGAAGCGGGCGGCGGCCAGGCCGGGCGGGAAGGGGAGGAGGAGAAAGCCGGCGGAAAGAGUAAGAGCCGGAUUGGCAGGGUCGGGAGGCUGUACCUCCAUGGGAGGGUGCUCGCGUUUCAUUUGUUGGGGGUGGCGAGGCCGAGGGAGAAUGGGAGGGUUGGGGUCGUGGUGAGGUUGAUGAGGUUGGGGUUGAAGGUGGUGAGGGAUUGUAUUGCGGCGUUGGCGAGUCCGGUGCUGCAAGUGGUUGCUGAUUACAAGGGGUGGUUGCAGGAUGUGGUGGAGAGGAUACCGGAGGAGGAGGUCAAGGAGUGUCGUUGCUUGGAGGUGGAAUACUUUAUUAUGCGGACCGCUCUGUCCUGGGUGGAAGACAGGCUCGAUGUGGCGGAGCAUAUGUACACCAAAGCGGACCGUCUCCGACAGUUCCUUACCCCUGAAUACGCGGAGAGGCUGGCGGAUGUGCUUUACGAAAUCGGCAAAUCGCUGUCCGCUCGGAAUGACUUCGCCAUUGCCAUAAAGUGGUUUGAGCGGGCGAAUCAAGUCGUCAACGACCAGGAGCUCGAGCAGCUAUCCCGGGAAGGACUCGAGUUGCGUCUGGCGAUUCAGCAAGCCCUUGUUACAGCUCUUCUAGGGACCGGAACUCCCGAGGACCAUGAGAAGGCGAAGAACAUGGUGGAUUAUAUCGAGUCGGAAGCCGGCAACAAGUUCGUAGUGUCCUUGCUGAAGCUCGAACUGCUCCAGAAGACGCCCGCUGAGGUGUUUGACGGCGAAGCAUAUGCGGACAUCCUUCGACGCCUCAUCAGGGAUUUUUCCUUUUCCGACUCUGGGUUCAAACUCAUCAUGCACCACAUCCGCAAGCUGCACGACAAGAGCCCGGGCGCCGGGUGCGCGGUGCUGGACGACUUCAUCUCGGCGAUAGGCGGCGCGGAGCAAGACGGGUGGAUGGAGAAAGCGGUCAUUACGCGCAUGUGGAUGAUCACCAAUCAGCGGGAUUCUGUCGAGACGAUAAACGCCGUACAGGGGGUCCUUGGGCAUCUCGCAAGGCCAUUAAGCGCAGAAGCUGCCGUCGCGGCCCAGGCGUUGCUGUGGAAGAAGCUGGAAUCAAACUACAGCCAGGGCCAGUAUGCCCUGGCGGAAAGCUGGUGUCAGCUUUCGAUGCACAGCGUCUUCCAAAACUGUGGCCCUCGCAACACGUCCAAACUUGAAAGCCUGGAUGCCGCGGCAUCCAUCAUCCACAAGAUGUCUCCUCAGAGCUGGCAAGAGCCUAUGACGGCCUAUCUAGCGUUCAAGGUUGCCAUCCGUCUCGAGGACCGCGCCAUGGCUGAGAAAUGCCUCGACACUGUGGCUCAAGCUUCGGACCACAUCGAUUACCUCGGCGCUUGCAUCGCAGAGUCUCAAAAGACUGGCGACGUCGCCUGUGCCAUUGCGGCUCUGCGGAAGCUUCACCAGAAAUACGAGUAUAGGGAGCCGAAUCCGAUCCAUCUCCCUGCUUUGUUUCGGUGUACGAUCCGCUUGUUGAACUUGCUGGCAGACAGGCCAGGGGUGGACACAAACGGUAUCGUAGGUGACCUCUGUGAGGAGUUCGAUGCUGUCCUGUAUUCGACCAUGCGAAAGAUCGUCAACGAGAUCUGGGUUCUCGAGAGCUUCGACGCCGUCAAGCUGGCCAAGUAUACACGCUGCCUGUUCCAGGCGACGCUGCCGCUGGACGACGGGUUGGCGAUGAGAUUGCUGGAUGAGGCGUGCAGCAAGGCAAGGGAGCUGCGAGAGAGCGACGCAACUUGGCCGGAGGAAGAGCUGGAGUGGAUGGCCACCACGGCGUUCAACCACGCCAUUGACUGCUACGGCGCGCACGAAGUUGAGCGCGCGAGGGACUGGGCGACGAAAGCCAUCAACUUGGCCCACUAUUGCAAUGAUGGGAGGUUGGAAGAGAUCUUGCAGAGCAAGUACCUGCGGCUGAGCUUGGAUGGAGGGCCUUCGGGGUAG